UGACGUUGUACGUGCGUAGGCGCUUCCUCAACUUGACUCGCAGAAACAGCAAAAUAGAAGAUGUUGGUCCUGGUGUUAGGUGACCUGCACAUCCCCCACCGGUGCAACACCCUGCCAGCCAAGUUCAAGAAGCUGUUGGUCCCGGGGAAGAUCCAGCACAUUCUCUGCACAGGAAACCUCUGCACCAAGGAGAGCUAUGACUACCUGAAAACCCUCGCUGGAGACGUCCACAUAGUCCGAGGAGACUUUGACGAGAACCUGAACUACCCGGAGCAGAAGGUGGUGACAGUUGGCCAGUUUAAGAUCGGUCUCAUCCACGGCCACCAGGUGAUCCCCUGGGGCGACAUGGCCAGCCUGGCGCUGCUCCAGAGACAGCUGGACGUCGACAUCCUCAUCUCCGGGCACACGCACAAGUUCGAGGCAUUUGAGAACGAAAACAAGUUCUACAUCAACCCUGGUUCUGCCACGGGAGCCUACAGCGCACUGGAAAGCAACAUCAUCCCCUCUUUUGUAUUAAUGGACAUCCAGGCGUCCACGGUGGUGACGUACGUUUAUCAGCUGAUCGGCGACGACGUGAAGGUGGAGAGAAUCGAGUACAAGAAAUCUUAAGGGAUGUGACGGGGAGGAAGAGGAGACAGAGUUGGGUUAACGUGGCUCAGUUUAUCAUUUCAUUCCUUUCCACUGGGGAGGGGGG